GUUGUGGAUGGAAAGAUGUUUGCUGGACUGAUGGGGUUGGAGUGUCACAGUAACUCUCUGCUUCACCACCGCCAAGUCAUGGAAGGUGGCAGAGCAUCAGGGACAGCUGGCAGCUCCGCUCGUAAGAGGCUCCACCGAAGACCAGGGUACAUGAGAGGAGAGCAGUCCAGACUACAGACUACUCAUGGGCAGGAGGAGGAGGAGGAAGAAGAGGAGGAGGAAGGGAGGACCAAUUGCAUUCGGAAUGGAAAAUCUGGACGUCACAGUGACAUCACCGAGGGAACCAGCGCUCAGAGGAUGAGUCAUUCACCUGCUGUCAAAGUGUCCUUAAUGACUCAGCAAAGGCCUGAUAAACUUACAUGUAGCACCUGGAAGAGUAACAGUUUUGACUCCCCUGUUACUCGUCCUCGUCCCCCUGUGGACUGCAGUAGCAUUAAUGGUACAUCCAGCCUCCGGGGUCCAUGUUCUCCACCCCAGAAUGAACUCAGGUUAACCUCAAGCCCAGCCCCCAGGCCCUCACCGGAGGACUCCUUUAACUCCAGCUUCAGUUUCAUCCAACAGUCUCUCAAGUCCAGCCAGAGGACGGACACAACCACUUCCACACCAACCCGGGAACCAGAACCACUGAAUCAGUCGACUAAAGCACCUAGUUCACCUAAAACCAGACCAGCAACCUUACCCAUUACGCACAACAUCUCGAAACAGUCAACUCCCAUCCAAUCACCACCCUCCUCCACCCCAAGCAGCCAGGCAAAGAGAGAGGAGCUGUCAUUGGGCGGGGGGUUUUGGCGGGACUGUCUGUGGGGUGACAGGGAGGUUAUGCCUGACCUGCCUGACUGUGACUCUCAAUCUCUGGACAUAGAGAUCACCUCCUCACUGUCAGUGGACUCAGACACUGCGUCCGCCUCUUCUGUCACCUCCGGCUACGAGAGCGCCACGCCUGCUUCCGACCAAGGCUGGGACAACCUGGUGAAGAAGUACGAGGGUGUGCUGCAAGACUGCCUCCAGAACAACCGCACGCACACCAAGAUUGAGUCCAUGAUGUUGAAGCUGCAGAGGCUCCAGCAGAAAGCCAUUUUGGAUGAUGACUAUGACGCAGCUGAGCGUUUUGGGAAAAAGCUGGAGGAGCUGUGCAGGGAACGAGGCGCUCUGAAGUUGGGUCUACCCUCCACACAGCCCAGCGUGGCUCAGUUCCUGGAGCGGCUCAGACAGGUGGUGCACAGCGCCCUCCAGAGGGCAAACUGCAGUCAGUGCAGGGAGAGUCUGGAGCCAGAUGUGUCCGACACAUUGCAGGGUCCGCUGCAUCGAAGAGAUCGCCUGAUCCAGGAGAGACGGCUAGUAGAGGAGGAGAUAGCAGAGCUGCAGCAGAGGCUGACGGAGCUGAAGGACCGCAGUCGAUGCCUGGAGCAGCAGAUCCAGCAGGAGGAGCAGCAGGUGGAGGCCGAGGAGCUGGAGGGCUCCGUGCUGAAGAGCUGCACCGUUGCCCAGCUCCGCGAUAUGAGCCGAACCCUGCAGGACCUCAUCACCUCUGAAAACCGCAUGCAGAUCUCCGUGUCUCCUUCACCCUCCAUGCUCAGACUCCAGGAGCAGGAGCAGGCACUGAAUCUGUCCAUCAAGGAAGCCACCGCCAAAGUGGUCAUGAGUCAGAGGCUGGGCAGCAGCCUGAGGAGGAAAGUCAGCGAGACUGAAACUCAGCUUUUAGCUCUGCAUGAAGCCAAGCUGGCGGCCAUCUCAGGUAAUGACUUCAGCAGUGCCAAGGAGCUGAAGGCUGAGAUGAAGGCGGUGUACCUGGAACGGGACCGACUAGAUGCUCUGGCUAAGAGGCUGCACAGCCUCAGCUCGGGGAGCAGCCAGGAGCUAGCCAGGAUGAAGGAGCAGCGGCAGCAGCUCAGGCAGGAGCUGGAGCAGAGGGAGGCCCAGCACGAAAGCCGACUGAAAGAGAACACUACCAAGUAUAUCAAGCUGUUGGAGGACAGAUUGCACAGUUGUGGCUGUCCAGGCUUGGAGCGGAUCUGGGAAGCAGAUUUGGAGGCAUGUCACCUCUUCCUGCGAGGACUCCAGUUGCGGACUCCCAGCUGCAGCGGAGGAGACAUCGAAGACCUCCCCACUGCAGCAGUUUAUCCUCCAACUCAGCCGUGCACCAAAGAAGAAGAAGACUGCGCCAUGCUGACUGCAUUGGGAGGGCGCUGGUGUCCUGAGGCCAACUUACAGAACUCUGAGUUCACUAAGAAAUUGGAGGAGUUUCUGUUCUGCAUGGAGGAUAAUCACCCAGAGGACGGGUGCAGCGAGGCUGCAGACCUGACCGAGCGCUGCGAGCAGAUCAGUGACAGACUAAUGACCUUGGAAGAUGAAUUGCAGACGGCCAUACUGAACCGCGAUCAGGCCCUCACCCAUAUCCUUUCACUGCUCUCUAAAUAUACAUACAUCAUAUAAACGGACUGUAUCUGUGUGUGAGUUUCUGUCUCCGUCCAUCCAUCUAAAGGACCCAGUUUCCUCCAGGCCUUCCAACUCUCAAAAGUACACAUCCAAACAGCCUUUAGACUGACUGAUGUUAUGUGACUUUACCUUUCGAGGAAAAAUCAACCUGUCUUAUCUGACAUUAUGGGUCCAUUCAGGGAGGGAAUUGAAGAUAAACUGGGAUCAGAGGAUUUUUCCUGACAGGCUGGACGUGCCAACUGGAAAAUGAAAUGGUAAAAGUCCAAGCGAGGUUAUUAGAGGGCGCUUGAUGUGGGCUGCCAGUCACCACGGGCCGAGAUUAAAGUCGGCCGACAGGGGCAGCGCCUCGACAGAUAGAGGAAUGCGACUGUAAUGACUCUGCUCCCGUCAUAUCUUAAUGUCCAUACUCCUGCUGACCCUCCCUUCCUCUCCUCACCCCUCCUCCUCCUCCUCCUCCGUCUGCUCACUUCCACUUGCUGGAUCUGGCUCGGAGGAAAUUACAAUAUCCAUGAUAAUGACUCAAAUGAAACUGUUGAAGCUGAUUACAGGUCACAAUACAUCAUUUUCCGCGCUAAUUAGAAAGCUGAUUGGAAAUAGAUUAGUGUGUUUUUCUCGCUCCACUUUUCCCCUCUACACUGUGGGCUUAUUAAGACAGAUAGAAAAGGCGAUAUUUCAACACCAGGAUGAAGAAAAUUUGCCACCUAGCCUGCUUCUUUUUAAAUGUAUUUAUUUCACGUCACACCUCAUUUCUCCUCUUUGAACACGGGCUGCCAGAAAUACUUUCCUAAUCUGAUGAAGACAUUUAUUUCGUUAUAGGAUCUCUAAAAGACGUGUGUUUCGCAGUACGUCCUUCACUCUCUGUUGAAGUGUGGCCAGACUUUUUUCACAUCUGAUUAGAGAUUCAAGUCUCCCGCUGGGCUGUCAGGGGGGUCAGCACAGGCUCCUCCACUGUUUGCAUGAUAUCAGUGCAGCCUGGCAGUCGGAGAUAGACAGAUUGGCCCGCUUCUCUCCACCUCUCUGUCGCCGUGUCCUUACAUGCCAGUCAUCUCGGCGUUUUGAAGUCGAUGCAUUCGUGCAAAAGCGCCGUGGACACUAGAGGACACUGAAGAUACAGGACAAUAUUGUUGUUGGGUUACAGAAAUUGAACAGAGACUGAGCUUGGGAUGAUGCUACUGUUGCCAUAGUGACGGGAAGAUCAAACCUCCAGUCUGUAAGGGUCUUAAUUGAGUCUCUGCUCUCCAUACAAGGAGGUAGAUGGACAACCACAGAGAAUGGGAUUGAAAAAAACAGAUGUAGGUAGGCAAAAUUACGUCUAUCUCUGUGAUUAGUCUUAAAGGUCUGAUUCUGACCUCCGUCGUCCCGUUCGGACCAUGUUGCCUUAAAAGUGAACCGUCUGCAGUAUCCAUGGAAAGCUCUUUAACGGCUGGUUAAUUAUGAAUGAGGACAAUCUGUGUCCAUUCAGACAGUAAAACGAGCCAUCAGGCCCCAUCUGCCAUCAAAGCCAUCCCUUUGAUUUGCCACUUAAGAUGGACACUCGCACGAUUAAUUUGAGUUUCUAAGCA